UCACAACCUAACCAUCCACUUUCUCAUUUUCUUCUUCUUUACUCUAUUGUCUGUCGUCAUAUAUAUGGCUAGCUCUCUCGGUUUUAGGGUGGCGGUUUUUGCCGCCCUGUUUUUGGCCAUGGAAAACGUUGUAAUCGGCGUCCAAGGUCGAGCGUUUUUCGUGUUCGGAGACUCGUUGGUUGACAAUGGAAACAAUAACUUCCUGGCCACGAGCGCCCGCGCUGAUUCUCCGCCCUACGGGAUAGACUAUCCCACGCACCGCCCCACUGGUCGCUUUUCCAACGGCCUCAAUAUCCCCGACAUUAUCAGUGAAAAGCUAGGAUCGGAACCAUUAAUGCCGUACCUGAAUCCGGCGCUGUCAGGGAGAAAGCUUCUCGUCGGUGCCAACUUUGCUUCUGCCGGCGUUGGCGUGCUUAAUGAUACCGGAGUCCAAUUUGUAAAUAUAAUCCGUAUCCCCCAGCAACUAGAUUAUUUUGCACAGUACCAGCAAAGAGUGUCUGCCAUUCAAGGGGCAAAGAGGACAAAGAAACUGGUGAACGAUGCACUAGUUCUAAUUACACUAGGUGGUAAUGAUUUUGUGAACAACUAUUAUUUGGUGCCGUUUUCUGCAAGGUCUCGCCAGUAUCCCCUUCCACAAUAUGUCACUUACGUCAUCUCAGAAUACAAAAAAGUUCUAAGAAGGCUAUAUAAUUUGGGAGCGCGAAGGGUCAUUGUAACGGGGACUGGGCCGUUAGGUUGUGUGCCAGCGGAACUAGCGCAGCAUAGCCGUGCCGGGGAAUGUGCAACCGAGCUACAGCACGCGGCUAGCUUGUACAACCCUCAACUAGUUGAGAUGAUCAAAGAAAUUAAUAGUGAGAUAGGCAGCGAUAUCUUCAUUGGAGCCAACACAAAUCAAAUGCACCUGGAUUUCAUCAAUAGCCCUGCAGCUUUUGGGUUUGUGUCGUCACAAGUGGCAUGCUGUGGACAAGGACCGUAUAACGGAGUAGGACUAUGCACACCAUUAUCAAACUUGUGCUCCAACCGGGAUGAGUAUGCGUUCUGGGAUCCAUUCCACCCAUCAGAGAGGGCAAACAGAUUGAUUGUUGAUCAGAUCAUGAAUGGAUCCCCCGACUACAUGCACCCCAUGAACCUCAGCACCAUCCUAGCCUUAGAUUCCAACAAUCUUUAAUUAGUCUAAGACAUUAUAUUAUGCCUAUUUAAUUACCCAUCUAGUUUUGCUUGUGUUCUUAUUUGAUGAUUUGAAUCGUUGUUUGAAGGAAAUGGAAAUACAGUUUUCAUCUUUGAUUUGAUC